AUGAGCUCUCUUCUCAAAGGCGCCGCUACGGCUGCAACCACAGCUACUACUGCUGCCGAUGCCACUACUACGACGGCUGAGACCUUGAGCGAAGAUCUUGCGAAGCUCCUAGCCAAUUUGAAAGGCGAGUCGCAGCAGGUGCUCCACGUCUACUCCUACAACAGUCAGACCAGGGUCAUCAAGGAAAAGGCGUGUAUCCCCUUUAAGAAUGGGGACACCACCAAGAUGAGGCUCUCUGAUGUUCGCGAGCUGUUGGUUAGUGAGAAAAUCUUGGAACCCAGACUGCUCUGGAGUACAUUCUGCAACCAACGCGGUGCAAAGGUCCUGGACACCACCAGCUUCCAGUCAUACCUUGAUAUCCUGAAUGAAAAGUCUAGCGAAGCUGGCGAGAUCGAAGUGGAUAACGCCGACAUCUACCGAGUUUAUCUCAAAUCCGAAAAGGUUGUGGAUCAGGAUUUCUUGCGGGAUGUCCUCCAACGAGGUGGUGGCAAAGCCACAGUGGACAACAAGAUUGCAGGUGUUCCUACUGCAGAACAGCCUAAGCCUGCUGAGUUGCCUACCAGUUUCAGCCACAACAUUUUUAUCAAUCCCACCACUACCUUCAGUAUUGUCCACGCCGCAGACAUGUCGGAAAAGCACUGGAGCGUUGUCCUGCGUAACAACUCUCUUCUUAACGCUUACCAGGUUGUUGAGGUUGAUGAAAAGGUGGGAAAGGUGGUGGAGCGCUCGAUGCAUACCGCCUUUGUGCUUAAACCACGCCUCUUCCUGAAUUACCAGAUCUCUGUCAGUGCUGCCUCCGACUAUGUUGCUAAGCAGAAGCAAAUGCUGAGAGUCCCUCGGUUCCGUAUCGAGGACGACUCGUACAUCGAGCAGUUCGAAAAGACAAAGGCCGUCUCGCGUGCGAUUGCACAGAGCUCUUUGUCCCAGGUUGCAGCAGAGAUGGCUGUUGGAGGGGGCGCGUUUGGCUUCAGCGCUAGCGCGUCUGCGAGCUAUGCUGAGGAUAAUUCAUCUUCAUCGGCUUCAAGCUCAAGCGAGGAUACUCGGGUGAUGACGAUCACGUACAACUUUCCCCGGGUAGUUAUUGAUCUCGACCACCACAGCCUUGACCUUACCGAGGAGUGCAAGGCUGAUCUGCUGUCUGUGAAAUCUUCCGCCGACAUUUCUAGCUUCAAAGACAAAUAUGGUCGUUUCUUCCCUACCCGAGUUCAGUUGGGUGGAAGGCUUCAUGCUUCCGAAGACUCUACUGCGACCACUAGCACUGCCAAAGCCGACCAGGCCAAAGCUAUGAGAUCGGCGGCAGCCCUUUCGUUCUCGUCCCCCUAUGUGCAGGCUUCUGCAAAAAUGAGCGCCGACAAGUCCUCCACUUCGAGCUCGGACGAGUCAAGCAGCGCAGCGACCAAGUCUAUCUGCUGGGAAGCUAAAGGCGGUGAUACCCUGCUGUGCAAUGACCCAACCGCAUGGGCCUACACCGUGGGCUCGUUUUACAACUGGCGUGCUGUCAAGCAAUCGAGGGUCCUUGCGGUGGAAGACGUAAUCUCCACUAUCCCAGGCUACCAGUAUAUCAAGCAGAAGUUCGCGGAUAUCCUCAAAAGCGAGCAGCCGGUCCUGACCACGGUCUCAGUCGGAUUCCAGAUCGGAUACGCAGCGAACAGCAAGCUUCUGACGGUAAAUCCCUCCGUUGCGGAGGCCGAGGACUUCAGUCUCAGCUACGAAACUAGUAUUGUGGCCGGAGCCGGAGCGGUGGCCAUGACUGCCGAACGCUACGACUACCUUCAAAAGCUCAACAGUGUCACCUCAUAUGCCCUACCUACGGGUCUGAUCGCGAGCGACAAGUCUGACAGCCAGAAGUUCUACGUCAACGUGGAAACUGUCCAAGGCAACGAAGUCAAGCAGCUUAAAUACAACCACCCCUACCACAUCUACAACAAUUCCGAUGAUAAGACCACAUCCUGGCUUAUCUCCACCCCUAGUCUCCAGGGAUAUAUCUCCACGUCCCUCAUUUAUGUCGGCAAAUCGCACCUUGCAACCUCCUUCCAAUUCAGAAGCACCACCGUCGGUGACAAAUCCGAGUACAUCAAGAGCGGAUCUACCGUGUAUAUCACCAUGUUGGAUCAUUACGGCGCUGAAAUUGGCAGUGCUUCCUAUCAGCCAUCCAUGGGUGAUCGCGUUGGUGUGGACUAUAACAACUAUGGUCACACCCAGGCCCACAUCUUCACUGUGACUUAUAUCUGA